AUGUCUGUCGAAAAGGAUUCAUUACCAUCACCGCCACCACCCUAUCCUUACCCUUAUCCUUCUGCAACUUCUGUUCAACCAUUAUUAAUCACUGUUGAUACAUCUUAUAUAAAUGAUUAUUUACCAUGGUCGAUUGUCAAUCUAUUGUGUGGUUGGGGUUUUUUUGGUAUUAUACCAUUGGUUUUCUCGAUUAUUUGUCGAAAUGAUAAAAGUGUUAAUAAUUUAAGUGGAGCUCAAACAAUGAGUAAAUUGGCAUUAGUAUUCAAUAUAUUAAUUACUAUAGGAGGAAUAAUUGGAUGGGCUAUAUUUAUUAUUCUUAUACCGCAUUAUAUAUCUACUCUUCAUCCUUUUUAA